AUGGCGGACGAGCUGGAGUUCGACGAAGACCUACUUUUCUCGGAAUUUGAUGCUAUUGCGCAGCGGCCUGGGGACUUUUCGUCGUAUCAGGAAGAAACUACAGAAAUGUUACCUUCGGUGAGCUUAAAGGCUUUGCAAGAUGAAAAUAAUCGCCUCAGACACUUACUAAACAAGCUGCUAGUUCCAGUAGGUCAACAUGUGAAUACUCAAGAAAAACCCCUUUUCCAUGCAGUAUUUUUUAACAACAAAACAUCCACGGAAGGCCGGCAAAGACUGGAGUAUUACCUGAAAACGUUGUCUGCAGUUUCUUCUGAAUUGAACAAUGGGCAACAGCCUUCUGCGGACGAAAAUGAAUCUAUUUCUGUAAGUAGUUUGCAGCCUUCAUUAUCCACGAUAAAUGACUUUUUAUCCAACAUGGCGGACGAGAUGGAGUUCGACGAAGACCUACUUUUCUCGGAAUUUGAUGCUGUUUCGCAGCGGCCUGGGGACUUUUCGUCGUAUCAGGAAGAAACUACGGAAAUGUUACCUUCGGUGAGCAUAAAGGCUUUGCAAGAUGAAAAUAAUCGCCUCAGACACUUGAUAAACAAGCUGCUAGUUCCAGUAGGUCAACAUGUGAACACUCAAGAAAAACCCCUUUUUCAUGCAGUAUUUUUUAACAACAAAACAUCCACGGAAGGCCGGCAAAGACUGGAGUAUUACCUGKAAACGUUYUCUGCAGUUUCUUCUGAAUUGAACAAUGGGCAACAGCCUUCUGCGGACGAAAAUGAAUCUAUUUCUGUAAGUAGUUUGCAGCCUUCAUUAUCCACGAUAAAUGACUUUGUACACKYUGKUGACGGAGYAAAMUCUGGRGAUUCUAAGGAAAUUACAAGARAUGACACACUGCUCAACUAUACUCAGUACUUUGACAUCUAUUGCAUUGACUCUUGUGGUCUCCCRGUCAUUAACUARACAUCAGGCUGCAACGAAGGCUGGGAAAUACCCCUUUACGAACAGGUCUUCUUUACWGCUGUCCCUUCUGAGACUGAUGGCUCAAGCAAAGUCAAAGUCAAACGCAAAAAGGCAUGUUUUAACUGUGGGAGUGUUGGGCAUAAUCUUAGCGACUGCACAGAGCCACAGAACCUAGCAAGAAUCGACUCAAUGCGACAACAAUUUAUUAAAAAGUUCUCAUCACCUUUUGCCAAAGAUAAACGGUACCACUUGGAUGAGAAAAGAUUUGGAAGCUUCAAGCCAGGGAUCAUAAGCUCUACAUUAAGAGAAGCACUGGGUCUUAGGUCAGAUGAACUUCCCCCUUACAUAUACAAAAUGCGCCAACUAGGGUACCCCCCUGGGUAUAUACCCAGUGCAAGUAAUUCAACACUCCUUCUGUAUAAUGCUGAUGGAGUUGUUGAGGACUAUGUAAUGGAGGAUAUAGAUGAAGAUGAUUGUCAGACUAAGGAAAUGGCUUUUGUUGAGUAUCCAGGAUUCAAUUGCCCUUUGCCAAAAGGUGUAAYAGACAGAAGUCGUGAGUUUGGGUAUCCUCCCAUGUCACCUCAUCAAAGUAUACAUGAAAUGAACAGGUGGCACAGGGCCAGGCUUGAUCAGAUGGCAGUUAUCAACAAAAAAUCAGCUAAAAGUGCCAAUAAAAGGCAAUGGUCAGACGCUCGUGAUGCUUCCAUUGACAUGGAUCUUGARGAAGAAGAUCAAGGGGCAUCUGGAGGGAUACUACCUAAUGAUGCAAKAGWAACAGGUCGAAAAAYAAGAAAGCACAAUGAAUCUGAUUCAACAACUGAUGAAGGUGGCUAUUCACCCACACGCCCAAACAUACAGUACGGCUCAAAGGAGAAGCAACUUCUUGAGAAAAUCCACCAGACUUCAUCUACUAAACCUUAUACUCCUAAUUCAAAGUCUUCCAAGAUCAACAAGAAUACAUCACCAACUCAGUGUGAGCUAACGCAAAAGAAAAAUGAAGACAAACUAAGCUUGAACCUUCUGGAAAGAGCUAACGCAUCGAAAAGUCCAGAAGAAGGCGAGAUAAUAUCGGAUGAAGAAGAUGGUUUAGCCUCAGAAACCAAAGAAGAGCAAGAAAAUGAGGAAGAAGAAGAAGCCAAAGUAAAUCAAGGCUGGUGGCUGGAAGUACCUCUGACCCCAGCAAAUUUCAAGCCAAAGACUUUGUCCCCACCCCCCUUACCAAGUGUUAAGCUACCCAUGGAUCUACUAACAAGGUUCUACACUAGCUGUACAGUUUUACAAAAAAUUAGUUUUGAAGACAGGAUAAUGUGGCUGGAUCCCAUAUAUGGAAAUAUUCAAGUAUCGACAGGACGUUAUGAUAGACUUAAAGAGAUUUUACAACAGAAAAAAACCCUUAAAAAGGGACGAAGAUAAGUGACAAAGAACCGAAUGUAAAUUAAUUACAUAUUUGGUAUGUGAAUGCUUCAUUUUAUUGCUGUUUUAGCKAGCYUUUGGCUGCACUUUAAAACGACACUUACCGAAAUUUCUUCUAAUGUCUUCACUAAUGUCAAAUUUUCCAUUUWAUUUUAUUUUUGAAGUUUGAAUAUCUCUUAUUUUUGAAAGAGUUUGAACAACCUGUAUGAUGAAAUUCGUAUUUUCAUAYAAACAAAUGAUAAAACAACAACAGCAACAGACAAGUGCAGUAAUAUACACGGGAUUCUUUUAGUAUGUUUUACUUUUAUUGGAACAACGUUUAUUGAACAACCUGCAUGUCACAAUCUGUAAAUAGUUGUAUUAUAACGAAUAGAGCGGAUUUCGUAUGAGUGGGACACCGUUACCGCACAGUUACCGCACCUGGCCUGCAGAAUUUUGGUGAAUCAAUGGGGCACUAGAAUUUGGUUACAGUACGAUUACGGUCACAGUACAGUACCGUCCGUUUCCCACUCAUACGAAAUCCGCUCUAUUUUGUAGAAAUGACGAAAGUAAGCAAUUAUAUUACAAUGUAUAGACAAAUCGAAAGUACCGUAUUGUUUUUGAAUGUUCUAUAGUAUGACGUUACAUCAAACAAGCUAAUGUGACAAGCGACAUGAAUGUACAUAACUAAUCGUCGUAAUGAAAUUCUUAUUUUCACUUA